GUAAUUAUCGGAGUUGGCGGUGUUCUCGCAGCGUCUCUCGCAUUCCUUUAUGUUACCAAAGUAUUAGUCCCCGAACAUCCGAAAACUUUAACUAAAGAAUGGCAGGAAGCCACUAACGAAAAAUUGCGUAGUCAGAAAGCAGAUCCAAUAACCGGCAUAUCAUCCGAAGGAUAUAAAGGAAAAGGCUUUGUUCAAUGA